AUGCUUGAAUUGAAUUCAAUUACGAUUCCUCGGAAUUUCACUGAAUUCCAACUCACAGCAUUAAAGAUCUACUAUCAACUUAAGAUUUUAUUUCUUGCCACAUACUGUACUCAAGGAUCACUUGGCUUGAACGGUUCAGUCUGUUUAGCAAGAGAUAUUUUUGUUGGCUAUGUUGUAUAUACUCAAUUAUUAAAGCUUUAUCGAGUAUUAAGAGGGUACGGUAUUAUAGACUCUAUUCGAAGGUUAUACCUAUAUGUUAGUUCUAUUGUGUCAUCUCAAAUCUUUUCACUACCAUUUAUUAAAUCCAAAAUUGACAAGGAAUUGCAAGCGACUAUUGGCAAAGUGGAAGAAGAGAUUAUGAAAAACGAUCCACAGUUAUUACAGUUUCCCGAAUUGCCAGAACAGGGUAUUGACGCUGACAAUGUUUCCUUGGAGUUGGAUAAAUUACAAAACUUGAAACAUUCUGACUGGAUCAAUGGAAGAGUCAGUGGAGCAGUUUAUCAUGGAGGUGAGAAUCUAUUGUCAUUACAAGUUGAAGCUUACAAGAAAUACUCGGUGGCCAAUCAAUUGCAUCCCGAUGUUUUCCCAGGUGUGCGUAAGAUGGAGGCCGAAGUAGUUCAUAUGGUUUUGGAUAUCUUUAAUGCUCCGAGUGACGGGUGUGGAUCGACAACUUCGGGAGGUACUGAGUCGUUAUUGUUAGCCGGGUUGUCAGCUAGAGAAUAUGGGAAGAAAUAUCGUGGAAUAACUGAGCCUGAAGUCAUUGCCCCCGUGACAAUACAUGCGGGAAUUGAAAAAGCCUGUUUUUAUUUUGGAAUGAAAUUACAUAAAGUUGACUUAGAUCCGGUUACCUUUCAAGUUGACGUUAAGAAAGUAGAAAGAUUGAUCAAUAGUAAUACAGUUUUAAUCUGUGGAUCAGCCCCAAAUUAUCCUCAUGGAAUAAUUGAUGAUAUAGAGUCCUUAUCCAAGUUGGCAGUCAAGUAUAAUAUCCCGUUGCACGUUGAUGCAUGUUUGGGGUCAUUUAUUGUUUCGUUUUUAGAAAAAUCAAAAGUACAUGGCGAUAGGAAAUUGCCCAUAUUUGAUUUUCGAUUACCAGGUGUCACGUCAAUCUCAUGUGAUACUCACAAAUAUGGGUUUGCUCCCAAGGGGUCAUCAAUAAUUAUGUACCGUUCGCCAAAAUUACGUGAGUGUCAAUACUAUAUUGCAAGUGAUUGGACGGGUGGAAUGUAUGGUUCUCCAACUUUGGCUGGUUCUAGGCCAGGUGCUCUUGUAGUUGGAUGCUGGGCUACAUUAAUCAAUAUUGGGAAACAAGGAUACACCAAGUUUUGUUACGAUAUUGUGCUGGCGUCAAUGAAAGUUAAACGAGCAAUUGAAACUGACCCGAUACUAUCCAAACAUUUACAAAUUAUUGGUGAUCCAAUUGGGUCGGUAAUUUCGUUUCAACUUGCACCUCAGCAAUCGGGAAAUUUAAGUAUUUACGAGAUUAGUGAUUUGUUGACCAAAAAAGGUUGGCAUUUUGCAACUUUACAAAACCCAUCAGCAUUACAUUUUGCAUUUACAAGAUUGACUGUCCCGGUGGUCGAUGAAUUGAUUGCAGAUUUGGUUGAAGCUACAAAAGAAGCGGUGGCAAUUGCCGAGGAACACAAAAAGAAUGGAGUGACCAAAGCUCCAGGUGAUACUGCUGCGUUAUAUGGUAUAGCUGGCAGUGUACAUACAGCAGGGUUGGCUGAUAGAUUAAUUGUUGCAUUUUUAGAUACCUUAUACAAAAUUUGA